AUGUCCAACUUCAUACAGACCUUACCAGCCUUAGCAAUACCCAUUCCAUUAAGCCCUUUGAAUAUCCACCCCGCUAUUUAUCCUCGGAAAGCCGUCGUCGAGUAUAGAGAUGGCAAGAUCGCAAUAAUCGACUCUGUUACCCUUCAAUUUAUAGCCCAAGGACCCGCAUCAGAUGGAAGCGGCUCGGCUUUCUCUAUUGCAGCAAUCCUAUGGCUUCUCUUCGCUUUCGUUAAUGGCGUACCUCUCGCCAUUGCUGGAAUUCGUGGAUGGCGUGUGACUGUUGCUGCCGCCAUAGGUCUGUCACUAGCAGUAUGCGGUUGGGCUGCUAUCAUCAAUACGAUGGGCGUUCCGGACAUAUCGGAUGAGGCCAUCACUCUCAUAGUCUUCGGAAUGUACGCCGGGGGUUUCAGCCUCGGCUUCUUCGAUUUCGCGCGAAUAGCAGGAAUAACUCUGCUCGGCCUCGGCGGGGGAGCAGCGACGGGGAUCCGUCUCGCACUUCUACGAGCCAACCUCCUAAUCCCAGUGUUUUUUGUUAACUGGAUGGUCGUCGCGUUAACAGGGGUGAUCGGAGGGCUCUUAGUGAUAACAAAGCAGCGCGUUGCAAUAACACUUUGCUCUGCGUCUUCUGGGACGUUCCUGACCGCCCUUGGCGUCGAUCUGCUCCUAAAUAAGCAGACCGGAAUGAGUCGUGGCUUGCGAUUUUUAUUCGACAGAAAUUCAGCUCAUCUUGCAGAUCUGAUCGGCAACGGAUACCAGCCUCCCAUAACUACUGUGAUAAUUCUGGGCGCUUCAUUGGCGGUCACUCCCUUGGCCGCAUACGCACAGCACAAGAUCUUCCCGGCACCCUUUGACCGAAGACCAAUGGAAAAAGAUAUAGAGGAUCUGAAGAGUCCAGAUGGGUUGAAUAGAACGCAGUCUCAGCCCAAUAGUAGGUUCAGUGUAUGA